AUGUCCUCCUCGUCCUACAGCGCCACCCCACUCGCUGAAAUCGACCUACCCGGGCUCGCCGCCUCCCGCUUCCUCCUCCGCGAGGCGCGGCUGCUGCCGUACCGCGACGCCAAAGGCAACGUCAACCUGCACCUCUGCCGCCAGUCGGCGCGGCAGCUUGAGGGGAUGCCUCCCGGCAGCGGCGCGCUCGCCGCAGCGGACAAGCCGGCGCUCACCUCGAAGCUGAACACGUGGCUCCGGCACGUCGAGCGGUGGGCACGCUCUCCGCAGCAGACGCAGCAGGCCGGCGCCCGGCUCCGUCCGGCGUUCGUCGGCGGCGCUCGGCCGGUGCGAGCGGCGGCGCAGGGCGUGGGCGCGUCCCACGGUGGCGAGUCGGACGAUGACGAGAAGACGGUGGGUGGGGGUAGUGGGGGCGAUGCGGGCUCGCCGGACGCAAUCGCCGACGGAGGCGCCCCUGGCGGCGACCACUCCUGCCACGCCGCGGGCAGCCGUGGCCUUGACGGGCUUCUUGGGUGGCACCCCUCUGGCGGUACGGGGCAUGGAGACGCCUCCCUCGGGGCGGACGACUCUCGCUUUCUGGCCGAGCUCGCGGCGCCGGCGGCGGGCGGCGUCAGGCUGCACCUCAGCGCGCGCUCGCAGACGGGCUACAAGGGCGUGACCGCUGUCGCGUGCCGCGGCGGCUUCAAGGCGCAGGUGAGCGAAGGCGAGCGCGGCAAGACCUUCCGCCACCUCGGACUCUUUGCCACCAAGGCGGAGGCGGCGGUGGCGUACGCGCGCCCCUCUCUCCACGAGCCGUCAGCGUGGCCGUGA